CGGUAGCUUGCGCUGCCUAGUGUAGAAACAUUUGAAUUGUCCGGAUUUGUUUUCCGGUGGCUUCGUAACAUCCGAUCGUACGGUUCAUUCAUCUCUAUAUUUUUGACGUUUUCCUUUUCAAAGACCACGCAAGAUGAUUAAAGUGCCCCCUUUUAUCUUGCUUUCAUUGGCACCUACCAAAUGUAUAUGGCGACGUGCUGUCGUGCUUGACUUGGAUUGGAUUGGCGCGUUCCACAGCGCUUUCGGUUCGUGUUUCUGCUUCUCUGCUGUUUCCCUCCCGCAGCACGCGCCAACGUUGCACGCGCUGCAAGAAACAUGAUUUAUUUUGUGUACUUCAUUUACGUAUUCUAAAAACGUUGUUCGAAGUAAACUUCCCAAUUCCAAGCAUCCAUACAGUUCUGGACUGGCUACGGGCUACCUUGGACGACUUUCUGCCCGUCCUUGUCCUUCAAGCAUCACAUGACGAAGCAGUUUUCCUUUCGAUAUGCCCUGUCUAGCCCUGCCCUCAGAGUGAUAAAGGCGAUCGUCCGGUCGCACAUUGGGCCAGACGCUAUGCCAGCUGCACAGUAGCCCUACUUCGUUCCUACAUUCCUGCUCCUCGUUUCUGUGGCACCCACCCACUUCCCACGGAAGGCACUCGUAUGCACCUCUUUUAGUAGGCCUUCACUGGUGUUCGCCACCACCCUUUUGUUUGUUCCGUGAUUGCUAAAUUAAAGUGGAGAAGCGCCAUGGACCGCAAGCCAGAAAUGUCUUUGGUGGCACAGUACGAUGACCUGUUCCGCUUGGUACAAGAAUCCGUCCGAGGAAGCGACAUUACUUUGGAGUUCUUAAAUUUUGUCAAAAACCAGGAGUUCUGCAGGCAGCGGUGGCAUGCAGCAGAACUGAGGGUUAAAAAACUGGAGGACGAAAACAAGGAGCUGGCUUUGACCAAAGCUCACUUGGAAGCAAAGCUGCUGCAUCUAAGAGGGACUCUUGAACACGAAGUUUCAAGGAGGGAACGAUGCGAGCAAAAGUUAUCUAUGCAGCAACACAGGUUCAACCUCAUUCGCCAGUGUGUCUUGAACACAGAUGACCAACGCGUGGGCCAAGCUAAGACAGUCAAGUCAAGCCUUCAUGACUUGAUUAAUCUGGAUGAAGACGCUCCCGUCUGGGGCCACAACACGACGGACAAAUCCGUUGGAUCUGUGCUGUCGCCCUCUGGAUCGGAAUUCGAUGACACCACUGAAGACGCCGAGAAUGGGGGAUGGUGUCGUCCAAAGAGGUCUCCUUCAACGUCUUCACCUGCCCUGACCACUUGCCCGCAACAUAAUGGCGUUGUACGCAACUGUCCACCAGUGACCGAAGUUGGAGGCGGCGGUUUGUCCGGGGGCACGUUCCAGACCGAGAAGAGCAUUGGAGACGCUCCCACCAUUGCGAAGGCCCGCGUAGAACAACCGAGCAGCUGCGAGGUUUUUGCCACUACAGUGACCAUGGUGGCUGGGAGCAAGGGCUAUGUGGCGACCAUGACCUCGAGGCUAGAGGGGGACCCUGCCAUGCUCCCUCGCAAUAAGGUCCGGCGAAGUCUGAGCAACCCUGCAGAGCCCACGGCGGCUCCACAGUCCAGGGCACCUCGUAGAUCAGUGGACGACAGUACGGUGGAGGCGCAAGCGGGCUUUGUCGCCGCCCUGGACGAGCUCGGUCCCCUGAGACGCAGCACCCCGGUCCGGCCAGAGGGGCACGGGGUCCACGCCUUCGCCAGCAGGACCAUGCUGCGCCCGGAGAAGUGCGGCGUGUGCGGCAAGCGCAUCCCUUUCUACAAGGCCGUGUCCAAGUGUGCCAACUGCCCCGCCGUCUGCCACCCCCAGUGCCAGCCCUUUGUCAAGCAGGCCUGCGUGCUGGAGCCCGUGGCCCGUCCCAGGUCGGCGGGAAGGGGUCUGAUCUCUGACCACGUCCCUCUUGUGGCCCCCAUGGUGCCGCCACUGCUGGCCCACUGCCUGCCCGAAGUGGAGCGGCGGGCGGGAGGGUCCCCGGACGGACUCUAUGGCGCAACUGCACCCAGGGAACAAGUGGAAGCGCUCGUGGAACAGUUCCUUCAGGGGAAGGACACACCCAAUCUGGCUGCCUGUGAACUGGCCGUGGUGUGCGGAGCUGUGAUGAACUUUCUCGGUUCCCUGAAGGAGACCCUGGUUACCAAGUCUCUCUGGAAAAGCUUUGUCAAAGCAAGCGGGUGCGAGGAUCCGGCGGAGCGCCUGUGGCAGGCAGUGCACCUCGUUGGGCAGCUUCCUCGUCCCAACCGCGACACCCUGUCGCUGCUCCUGAGGCACCUCCAGCAACUGGGGAAGCGACAAGGUGCAGCGGGGGACCUAGUGGCCACGUUCGGCCCCUGCCUUGUGGGCUUCUCCGUGGACAACCCCAGCCCCCAGCUCGAGCUCCAAGAGAUCCCCAUGCAAGUUGCGGUGAUGCGUUGCCUUUUGGAAGUAUCGCCGGAAUACUGGGACAUAAAUCUUGACCCCAGCAAUGCUCUCCCUGCACCCAGGCCAGGCUUUGUUCUGCCAACGACCACAAGCAGGGAAAGCAACCGGUUCAACUUCAGGCGUCCCAUGGCGUUUGCAUUCUUGGAGGCCCUGCCAAAGAAGUAGGAGGACCGACCCUUUUAUUUAGUGUUUGCUUUGCUUUAUGUUAUUUUGUUAGUUUAAUUGGGCUCUGACCCACAUGCUGUGACAGUAUAACUGGUAAGACUAUAUAUCUGAUGAUUGUUUGUUUGCUAUAUUAAAGAUUUUAUCAAAAAAUGUUGGUGAUUAAAAGAUCCGACAGUAUCACAGCGGUGCCGUUUACUUGAGCUUGUUCACAGAAGUGCUUUGCC